CCGCUUCCGCUUCCGGUAACAGCAGCGACUUUCUGUCCCAACUGGCCAUGGCGGGUAGCAGGCUGGAAACGGUGGGGAGCGUGUUUUCCCGGACGAGGGAUCUGAUGCGGGCCGGGGUGUUGAAGGAGAAGCCACUGUGGUAUGACAUAUAUAAGGCCUUUCCGCCUCUGAGAGAGCCUGUCUUCCAAAGGCCCCGUUUGCGAUACGGCAAAGCCAAAGCUGCCAUCCAGGACAUCUUUUACCAUGAGGAUCAGAUUCGAGCGAAAUUCUUUUCAACCUAUGGAUCUGGCCACAAAGCUUUUGAUCUCUUCAACCCAAACUUCAAGUCUACCUGUCAGCGGUUUGUGGAGAAGUACCUAGAGCUACAGAACCUUGGAGAAACAGAUGAAGAGAAGUUAUUUGUAGAAACGGGGAAGGCUCUGUUGGCAGAAGGUGUCAUUUUAAGACGAGUUCAAGAAGCAAGGCCUGUCAAUGUGAGACUCCAAGCUUCAUCGGAAGGAAAUGAGCCUCAGGCAGAUGAUGGUCAGAAGCAGCGUGUGCAGGUGAAGCAGGAGCCAGAGACAGCCCCCUCCCCUCCCUGAGUCCCUUCAGUGCUCUGAGCAUGCCCACCACCGCUGGCUGAAGCUGUCUGGACUCUGAUGGCCUCCAUCUCUCAGUCGUGUGUGUGCCUUCUCUUAGUUCCUGUUCCUCGGUCGUUAUAAAUCUCAGUACUGUGGUUUAAAAGCCCCAGUUCUGUGAACUUUUAUUUCAAGACAUGAUUAAAUAAAGGGUUCUCCAAUGCUUACAAAGUAAAUUUACUUUGAAACUGUAAAUAACACCAGGAAACUUUUAAAGGUGCCUUGCGCUGGCUGUGGGCCGCCCACAUCUGAGCUCACUGUGUUUCCCGUCUGGAUCUGUCAGAGUCCUACUUGGCCACAUGGUGUGGUCCCUCAGCCAAGUGUCUGUGGAUGAUGUUUGUACUUUCUGCUGUAGAGCUAUUGACUGCAGCUUGACAGGCAUGGCAGAGGCUCAGCCAGCUCCUGCUGCAGGAAGGCCGAGGGCCUGUUUGAUGUGGACAAGGACCAAAUCCAAUACUUGAAUGCCACGGGUUAGCAUGAGCUCACAGCUCAUAGACUGCCUAGAAAAUGUUUGGUGAAUGAAUAAAUGAUCACACCUAACUAAAGACUGAUGUUUUUCUUAGUCACUGGAUUUCCAAGAUGGCAGGGGUAGGGGGCAACAGAUUCAGAUAGUUCUCCCCACAAACAUCCUGCCUCCCGGGUACUGCUUCACUGGGUUGUGUUAUACUAAAUAAAUGAGAUGCUCUUGUGA